AUGCCUAAUGGUACUCAAGGACUUAAUGCUGCGCAAAUGGCUGCAAUGCAAGCGAACCCUGGAAUGCGACCCGUUAAUAUGAUGCACCUUCAGCAGCAAAUGCCACAUGGCCAGCCGCCAAGUCUCCAACAGCAGCAGCAAUUUUUCGCUAUCCAGCAGGCGCAGCAGCAGGCGCAGCAGCAGGCUCAACAGCAGGCGCAGCAGGCUCAGCAGGCUCAAUAUGCUCAACAACAGGCAAAUAAUGGACCGUCAGGCCAGCAUACCCCGCAGCGUACAUCAGCACAACCUCCGAAUAUGCACGAACAGAGUGCCACCCCACAGUCGCAGCAUGGCGGGCAAGGAGGCGGCACACCGCAACCCUCUCAAAUUUCUCAGCCGCCAUCCACUCAACCACCACAAUCGCAGGGAUUGCCCCAAGGCCAGGGAACUCCUAAUCCCCCACCGCAGCAAUUGCCACAAUCUCAACAGCCGGGUCAACAGGGCCAGGCUGGCCCGCAGCCACAGCCGCAGCCUUCUCAGAGUUCCCAGGGCCAUCAGCCGGGUCCUCAGAAUCAGCAGAUGAUGGCCCAGGAGGCUCAGAUGAAGGCACAGCAGCACCAGAAUGCUCUUAUGAUGCAGCAACAACAACAGCAGCAGCAAAGGAAGAAUAACGCAAUAUUGACCAUUCAUGCCUAUGCCGAACAUUUGGGAAACUUCCAAUCCCGCAAUGAAGCACAGGAUCUUCUAUAUUGGCAAUCGUUUGUCGAGCGGUUCUACUCCCCUGUAGGUGUCUUGAGGCAGGGUGUUUGGAACAACACGAUUGGAUCUAAACAAUUCGAAAUUGCGACACCCGCACUGGCACGUUAUUAUUUGACCCAAUUCACUAGCGGAAUUAGUCAAAUUCAGAUGGUGGUGGAAGGUGCUCGCGAGCGGGAAUCUCACAAUGGAGGGCAUUACGUUGAAGCUCCAAAAUGUUCAUUCAUUUAUUGGUUCAAGAAUGAGUGCCAGCUUUUCACCAACGGCACGCUGCGCGCGCACUUCGAUAUGCACAACAAGCUUGAGAUGCUCGAUGUUAAUGUCGUCAGCCACAACGAGUUCAUUCCACGGUCGUUGUUGUUGGCCAUGGAGGCGGAUUCCCAAAAGCAAAGUCCGAAGGUCACAAAGAACUCAAAACGUGCCCAGCCUAAGCAAACGCCGUCAUUGGUGCCAGAUUCAAAAGUGACUGCCAACGGCGUGCCUACUCCAGUCAUGGGAUUCAUGGAAGUAGCUGAAACCAUUUCUGCGAUGCAAAUGUUGUUCCAGUUUUCUCAGGCAAAUCCGCAGUUAUCACCUCCUGACGCUUUACGGAAUCUUGUCAGCACCCUCCAAUCACAAAAUCCCAAUCCCGGCUUUGUAUCGACUCCCAUGCCCAUGAACCAGGGCAUGAACCCAGGCAUGAAUCCAGGCAUGAAUCCAGGCAUGAAUCCAGGCAUGAACCCAGGCAUGAAUCCAGGAAUGAAUCCAGGCAUGAAUCCGGGCAUGAACCAGGGCAUGAACCAGAACAUGAAUCCGGGUAUGAAUCCAGGCAUGAAUCCAGGCAUGAAUCCAGGCAUGAAUCCGGGUAUGAGUCCGGGUAUGAAUCCAGGCAUGAACCCAGGCAUGAAUCCGGCGAUGCACCCAGGCAUGAGUCCGGGCAUAAAUCACGCGAUGCACCCGGGCAUGAGUCCGGGCAUGAAUCACGCGAUGCACCCAGGCAUGAAUCCCGGUAUGAAUCCCGGUAUGAACCCAGGCAUGCAACCCAUGCAAAAUGUUCGGGGACAUAGCAUGGGCGCUCCAUCACAGUUCGCCUCGCCUGCCAUGGCUCAUCUUGGUCUCCCCGGGCAGCAAGGCUCGCCUCAUCUGACUGGUUCAGCACAUCCGAGCCCAGCCCAAAGCAACCUUGCCGGUCCCCCCGGAAUGCAACCACCAAUGCAUCCGUCCCCAGCCGGCGUGAACAACAGUCCAAAUGUAGGUGGCAACAAACGCCGCCGGGCGAGCACCGUCAAAAUGGAAUCCGAGGACGGUGGUGGAGUCGAAGCUAACGGUGCUCCGCAGCAGGGCUCAGCGAAAGUAAAGGCUAGCCCUCGGGUGCCGAAGCGACAAAAGGGUGCCGCCGCCUAA